UUCUGGAAAAAAUGCGAACCUCGAAACGGCGUUUCAAUGCUGGAUCCAUGCUGGAGCCUCGUGUCACCAGAUCAACCUGGCAUCAGUAUGAAGAGCCUUGUGUUAAUCCUUUUUUUCUCAUUAUUUGUGAACGGUGUUGAGACAGAUAUUGUGGAGUCUGUAUCAGUGAUUGUGGGAGAUUCUUUCACUCUACAUACAGAUGUUACUCAAAUACAGAGAGAUGGUGUGAUUGAGUGGAGGUUUGGAGAAGAUCUCAUUGCUAGAAUUAAUAGUGAGUCCAAUAAUAUCACAGUAGUUAAUGAUAAUGAGAAGUUCAGAGACAGAGUGCAGCUGGACAAUCAGACUGGAGAUCUCAAGAUCAGGAACAUCAGAAUCAAUGACUUUGGACUUUAUAAACUUGAGAUCAACAGCGGCAGUGGGUUAUUAUCAAAGACAUUCAAUGUCAGUGGUGUGAUUAAUCUGGCGUCAGAUGGAGUGGAGAUCGUACCGGUGCUGGAGAGAGACUCUGUCAUUCUACACUCUGGACUUACUGAGAUACAGAGAGAUGAUCAGAUAACCUGGAAGUUUGAAGGCACACUCAUAAGUCAACUAAACAAUCAAACAUCUGAAAUCUUUGCUGAUGUUCUUGAUGGGAGAUUCAAAGACAGACUGAAGCUGAACCAAAAGAAUGGAUCUCUCAUCAUUACUGACAUCAGACCCAACACCUCUGGACUUUAUGUGGUAGAAAUCACCAAGAGAAACAGCAGCUACACCACACACAAGACAUUCAGAGUUACUAUCAUUGAUGGAGGGAACAGGCUGUUGGUGAUGGAGGGAACUUCUGUCACUCUAGAGUCUGGUGUUCCUAAAAUACACAGAUAUGAUGUGAUAAUAUGGAGGUGUGAACAUGGAGACGCGGUCAUAGCAAAAAUGACCUUUGGGAUCUUCGCUACAUUUGAUGGAGCUGAUGGGAGAUUCAGAGGCACACUGGAGCUGGACUACAAGACCGGAUCUCUGACCAUCAGGAACAUCAGAGCUAAACACGCUGGACUUUAUCAUCUCGAUAUCACCGGCAAUAUCACCAUAUUCAAGAGAAUCGAUCUUUCUGUCUAUUCACAGGAUUGGUCUCCGUGUGUUAUAGCAGUAAUUGGUGUUGCUGUUCUUCUGCUGGUCGUGGCUGUAGCUAUUGUUGUGAUUUGCUGUCGAAACAGGGGCUCUCGUCAAACAAGAACUGGCACCCAGAGGAAUCCCGAACAUCAGGAUAUGCUGCUUCAUGACAUCACACCACACAAUGGGGAAAUCACUGAAAAAACGUUCACGCAGCUUUAUUCGGAACACACAUACUUUGACCAAAUGAUCUCCCCCACUCUCACAGAGUUGGUAGUUCAGUUCAGCGGGAUACGGAGACGCACACAAAAUAACUCUCACUGAAUCAUUUAAGACUUUCACCUUUAACAUUUCAGGUCCUGAUCUAAGGUGUGUGGCUUCAAGAGAGUAAACGUACAUGUGUUGUUACUUCAUGUAUGCUGUUUUGUCUCUUUCAUAUCGCUUUUUAUAUUUGCCCAUUUCAUUUUAUAUGAUGAUAUAUUUUCUGUUACUGUCAAAUCGUAUGUUGUUGUGCACUGCGUUAUCUUCACAAGUGAGUUAGAGAUAAGGGAAGUCUUCAUUUCAGCAUAUGCUUUCACUGUAAUAUAAUAAAACUUGUUGCAUCUGGUCAAAGUCUGAAUGUGUAAAUAAGGCAAGUUUGACAUUUCAUCUUAUUUUCUUAUAUAAUUACUAUAAAUACUUUGCAGCUUCUUUUUCUGAAACAAGGAAAUUAACUUAAAAGUUAUUUUGUUCAUGUGAUAAAUGCCAAUAAAAACACAUCUGAUUUUCCCA